AUGACAGGAGUUGGCUCAAUGGAAGCGAUAUCCUCAAGCGAAUGUGCUGACAAGGGCCUGGAUGAACUUGAUGAGCAGCUCAAGCAGUUCCGACAGAAGCGUGACGAGUUGAAAGGAAUGCUUGAAGUGGAACGUACAAGUACUAAUAUGUUGGCGGUUGUUGGUCAAACCCAAAGGAAUUCUCAUAAUGAUGAUAACAACGAUAAUGAAUACAAACAACAACUUAUUGAACAAAUUGUUUGUAUUCCUAAACGAUCCGAAGGAGAAGAGCUGCUGCGAUCUUAUCGUCUGACAGGGAAGACGAUAUUUUCGGUUCCUAAUAACGAAAUUGGAUUGAGAUUUGAGACAUUCUUUGGAGGACGUUAUCAUGAAUCAUAUUAUAUCAUUCUUCGUUUAAACAGAGGCAUCGAUCAGCUAGAAAUAGUAAAGCACACAAUACCACAUUUUAUUCCAAUAGCUGAUAUUCAAAGAGAACAUUUGAACACCAACAUAGACACAUUCAUCUCAAUAAUCGAUAACAACCUACAGGCAUUUGUAGCAAGACGCGAACAAUUAUCGCAAUUAGAGAAUGUCAAUGGGGCAGGCAGAGAUAACAAUUCCGAAUAA